UGUUCAUGCGUUAUAUUACGGAAGGUUUCGUAUUAAUAAAAUAUUUAUUUGGUACGGAAUUGGAGCGUAAGAAUCAGUUAAUGUGAUGAGUCGCGUUAUAAACUUCUCGCGAAGUAGCAGACACUAUAGGAAUAAAUGAUUUAAAUUUAUUUUAAGUAAUAAAAACAUGCCGGGAGAUAUUGCCAGUUCGUUAGUUGUUUUGUUGAUUGGUUACUUGAAGGUGGUCGCUAGUGAAAAUUUGGGAACGUGUAAUCCGUUUCAGUUAAAACGAGAGCAUCUGAAUAUUCGUCUUAAAGAGCACAUGAUUCACGAGACAACAACUGACCACCAUAAUUGUGCAAGAUUUUGUUUCUACCUGACGGCUUGUAAAUCUUUUGAUUAUGACAGACAGACGAACGCUUGCAAACUGAAUGAUGCUGACAGUACGGAUGUACAAACGACAGAGUUUGAGACCAGUGUACACUCAAUCUAUUCCGAUAUCACCGGGUGGCCACAGGGAAUUGCAGGUCCCUGUGGAUCCCGGCCUUGCGGCCUGAAACAGCGUUGUCUGCCAGCAUACCCACCACGAUGUUUAGAAAUUAAUACGUCUACAGUUCAAUGUCACAUUCAAGGUGUAUGGGAAGAGAAGGCAUGCACCCCUAAAGAUUGUGGUCAACCUACGACAGAAAAUGGAUUUGCAACAUUGCUGGACUCGUCUAAUACAACAUAUAUGGCACUAGCUACUGUCACGUGUAACGAAGGAUACGAGACGAACACAUUACAUGUCAAGUGUCAGUCAGAUGCAACCUGGUCAGCAGGAAAUUGCGCAAAAAUUAGUUGCGGUUCAUUACCAAGUAUAGCAAAUGGUGUCGCGACUCUUUCUCUACCAGGAUCAAAUCUAUAUCUAGAUACUGCUACACUGGAGUGUAAUUACGGGUAUACCGCUACUCCAGCCACGUUUAAAUGUUUGUCGUCAAAGUCAUGGGAAUACUCGCAUUGUGCAUGUAUGCCAAUAAGCAGCUAUCAAGGGACUCUCAGUAGCACUGUCGACGGAUUUUAUUGUCAGAGAUGGGACUCACAAUCUCCACAUGGUCAUACUUAUACUAACGCUGCAACUUACCCAGACACAUCUGUAUCAGCUGCGAAUAAUUAUUGUAGAGCUCUCGGAGAAACCUACCUUUGGUGUUACACUACCAACAUAGGUAAACGAUGGGACUAUUGUAAUAAGCCGACGUAUAUUUGUUAAACAUUCUGUCAACUAUAGGCUCUGUUCAGUGGCUUGGACUGACCUCUUGGUUCCUAUUUUACAAGAGCGCUGUCAGGAGAAUGUAUGCACUUCCUGACACAUAAUAUAACGAUUUACGAUUGCAUCUCGGUUUUAUUCAACAUGAACGUAACGUGUUUACAUGAGGAAAAAAAAAUUCUUGAACAUUUCAAAUCAAACUACAGAAAAUACAGUGUUAUGUUUAGACAACCAUGGUGUUCGCUACAUGUAGACUUUGAAAAAUCUGCAAAGCGACAACGCGCCUCUCAAUUACAAUUAUGUUAGAAAUAAAAAGUAGUACGAAGUUUCACUCACCCGAUAACUUUUCUCGUUUUGUCGGACCGAUAAUACCUUCCUGGUUUUAAUGUUAACCCGCUCACACUAUUCUUCAAAGUAAAAGAAGUUAUGAUAAUUCAAAGAAUAUCAACAAAGUAAUAUUGAACUUUCUUUUAGGGCAUUAUUUUUUUGCAGUUGUCGAACGGCCAUUUAUGGUAAUUAAUCUGUUUAAUUAAUUUGUUUAUUUUGUUCUGUUUCAUGAUUUUAUAAUGUGACAAUCAUCUUAGACGAAAGAACAUUGUUGGAAGCGCACCUGUUACGCUACGGUCAUUCGAACAAAUCACGUGAUGAUGGUACGUGAAACAUAAACCAUAUUAUUGAGUAUUUAAUAAAGGAGACACGAUAAAUCUCUUAAUAUAAACGGCCGAUAGGUUCUUAUCGAAUAUCUAGUUUGCCAGAUUAACUAGUUUUUUUAGUCCCCUACCGGUUUAUCGGAGGGGACUUUAGGUUUACCCUCCGUCCGUCUGUCUGUCAGUCCGUCCGUCCGUCCGUCAGUCAGUCCGUCCGUCCAUCUGUCUGUCCGUCAGUCCGUCCGUCCACAAAACUGGAUCCCGCGAUAACCCAAAAAGUACUGAAAAUAUUUUAAUGAAACUUGAUAUAUGGAUAGAUGGCAGUAUGGAAAUUAUGCACGUCUUUUUCUUUUCUUCCUAUGUUGAAAAUUCUGGUUGCUAUGGCAACAAAUAGACUGAAAAUAUGGCAAAUUUUACACAUAACCUGGAUCCCGCGAUACCGCAAAAAGUACUGAAAAUAUUUUUAUGAAACUUGAUAUAUGGAUAGACGGCAGUAUGGAGAUUAUGCAAGUUUUUUUCUUUUUUUCCUAUGCUGAAAAUUCUGAUUGCUAUGGCAACAAAUAAACUGAAAAUAUGACAAUUUUUACACAUAACCUGGAUCCAGUGAUAACGCAAAAAUUACUGAAAAAGUUUUUAUGAAACUUGACAUAUUGGUAGAUGGCAGUAUGGAAAUUAUGCACAUUCUUUUCUUAUCUUCCUGUAUUGAAAAUUCUGGUUGCUAUUGCAACAAAUAGACUGAAUUUCAAGAUUUCUGAUUCUAGUUUUUCAGUUUUUUCACUAUAAGUUCUUUAUUUCUUAAGGUAUUUUCUUCAAACUUUAAAUAUAAGUUGCUAGUCAUCAACCACAUCAUAUGUGACAAAGUUUACAACUCUAGCACAAAAUUUAUCAGAAUUACCUCCCUGGAACUUAAAAUUUUCAUGAAAAAACAUUGUUUUUUUUUUAAUAAUUUCUUUUUUUCUGAACGUAUCUACUUCAAACUUCAUAUAAAUGUUUCUUAUUAUCACUCAACAUUUGUGAGUGUUCAAUACUCUAGCAUUUCCAGAAUUAUGCCCCUUUUGAACUCGACUUUUUUUUGAGAAAUUGGUAAUUUUCUUCAAUUAUGAUAGGAUUUUCUUCAAACUCCCACAUCAUAAUCAUGAUGACAAUAAUAUGACAAGGUUUAUAAAUCUAGCAUCCAUAUUUCCAGAAUUAUCUCCUCCUUAAACUUUUUAUUUUUCCUAUUCGUUCUUUUAACUUUCAUUUACUUCAAAUUCAAAAUAAACAUUCAAUAUUCAUACCUUCAUUACUAAUUGUUCUUUGUAACACUCACAUCAUGUAUGAC